UGGCCAUUUCCUUCUGUUUUCUGAGUAAAUUCGGUCACACUGGUGAAAUUUUCUGGUAGUAGCUGUGCUGUGAAAAAUAUUUAUAGUGAAAAAUAUACUUCAAAGCCACUUGCCCUUCUUUGGUGGAAAAUUGAAGCACAGCAAUUGCGCAGCAAAACCAAACAGAAACAUGGGCGAUGUUAUGAAUAUCGACAGCAUCAUAUCAAGACUUCUGGAAGUGCGUGGGGCACGGCCUGGCAAAAACGUUCAGCUCUCCGAGAAUGAAAUUCGUGGCCUCUGUCUGAAGUCGCGAGAGAUAUUUCUGUCGCAGCCCAUACUGUUGGAGCUGGAGGCGCCAUUAAAGAUUUGCGGUGACAUACAUGGCCAAUACUACGAUUUGCUGCGACUGUUUGAGUACGGUGGCUUUCCACCGGAAUCAAAUUACCUGUUUUUGGGCGACUACGUUGAUCGUGGCAAACAGUCGCUGGAAACCAUCUGUUUGCUGCUCGCCUACAAGAUCAAAUACUCGGAGAACUUCUUUUUGUUGCGCGGCAAUCAUGAGUGCGCCAGCAUAAAUCGCAUCUACGGCUUCUAUGACGAAUGCAAGCGUCGCUACACCAUCAAAUUGUGGAAGACAUUCACCGACUGCUUCAACUGCUUGCCAGUAGCAGCCAUUGUGGAUGAGAAGAUAUUCUGUUGCCAUGGCGGUCUCAGUCCCGACCUCUCGUCGAUGGAGCAAAUUCGCCGCAUCAUGCGACCCACUGACGUGCCAGAUCAGGGCCUGCUCUGCGAUCUGCUGUGGUCCGAUCCGGACAAGGAUACCAUGGGAUGGGGCGAGAACGAUCGCGGUGUCAGUUUCACUUUCGGCGCCGAGGUGGUGGCCAAAUUCUUGGAGAAACACGAGUUCGAUCUCAUUUGCCGCGCCCAUCAGGUGGUCGAGGAUGGCUAUGAGUUCUUCGCCAAGCGACAGCUGGUCACACUCUUCUCGGCUCCCAAUUAUUGUGGCGAAUUUGACAAUGCUGGUGCGAUGAUGUCUGUGGAUGAAUCACUUAUGUGCUCAUUCCAGAUCUUGAAACCGGCAGAUAAACGUAAAAAGUAAUAUCACCAAACUCCCAAAAAAACACCAACAACAACCAAUCACACACUUUUCUAUAUACAAUGCAGGCAAAAAUUAUAAUGAUUCAACACAUAACCGAGGGGCAAUCUAAUUUUACAAUCCAACAAUCCGCACCACAAUAGCGACAAAGGGAAGAACCGAACGCUCUGCGAUUAUAAUGAAAAACAAAAAAUAUACAAUAAUAUGAAAUCCAAAAACCUGGAGAAAAUAUUAUCUUUUAAGAAAUAAAGAGAUUUGCUUCAACUACAAAAAAUAACAAGAAACAAAACAUUCACCAAGCAUUCAAAAAAACAGGCAUGACAUGAUAAUUUAGAAAACAUAAAACAACCAUUUAUUUCGAUUAACAAACUACACCUACACACCUACAUAUACAUAUAUAUAUCUACUAUACCAUAGUCGUUUAGCGACCCACACCAUACAUAUGCAUGUACAUAUAUGUUUUGUCCAAUUUUAAAACACGAGACUAAAACGUUUAGUACAAGUUACAAAAAAAAAUCAGCAAACAGAAACUUGAACAAGGUGACGACGAACUGUAAGUCACAACAAAUGUAGUAGGGCCUUGUAAAAACCAAAAAAGAGAACAAAAAACGCAGCUUUUUGGCCUUAAAACUAUGACAUUAAUAAUUCGAGAAGAAUGAUUAUGAUGAGGGAAGAAGAAAGUAAUUAGUGAACGAUGAGAACGCUUGCCAAGAAGUUAAAAAUGUAAACACUAAGUUUUGACCUUUAAAUUAAUGAAUCAGUUUAUGUUCGUCCAGUAACAACAACAAAUCUAUUGAUACGCCCGUAAUAUCGACUUUUGUUUUGUUGUUUCUUUUUUCGAUUCAAAUUCGAUGCAGCUGUUAACAUUUAAUUCAAUCGAUCCAUACAUACCUAUAUACAUUUUUUCUUCAUUGUUUUUAUCAUCCAGUAUCACUUUUUAAGAUGUGUUUAAAAACAAGAGUAAAUUUCUAUUAUUAAUAUGUAUUAUCAAUAAUCCUUUAUAUUAAUAAACAAAUGAUAUACAAAUGUGUAUGAAU